AUGCGAUCCAAGUUCAAGGACGAACAUCCUUUUGAGAAGCGCAAGGCUGAGGCCGAGCGUAUCCGCCAGAAAUAUGCCGACCGGAUUCCUGUCAUCUGUGAAAAGGUCGAAAAGUCCGACAUUGCCACCAUCGACAAGAAGAAGUACCUCGUGCCGGCAGACCUCACAGUGGGACAGUUCGUCUAUGUGAUCCGCAAGCGCAUAAAGCUCUCCCCCGAGAAGGCGAUCUUCAUUUUCGUGGAUGAGGUCCUGCCUCCCACAGCUGCCCUCAUGAGCAGCAUCUAUGAAGAACACAAGGACGAAGAUGGCUUCUUGUACAUCACGUAUGUUUUUCACACCCGGUUUCUUGCCACAAUAUCUAUUUCAUGGACUUCCACUGACAUAACAACUAGGUACUCGGGCGAAAACACUUUCGGUGAUCUAUAA